AUGUCACUUUUUCGUCCUACUAUUCUCUUAAACACUGCUGCCAAGGCUGCAUCAAUCAGAGCUGCUCCUGCCAUGGCUACUCGUUUCUAUACAGUAAGUGCAUCAGAUGCCCAAACUCGUGUAUUGGAUGUGGUGAAGGGAUUUGAAAAAGUUGACCCAAGCAAGGUUACUGUUGACUCUGUAUUUGUAAAAGACCUUGGUUUGGAUAGCCUAGAUGCUGUUGAGGUUGUUAUGGCUAUUGAGGAGGAAUUCUCGGUCGAGAUUCCUGAUAAGGAUGCUGAUGAAAUUAAGUCUGUCAAACAAGCUAUUGAGUAUAUUACAAAACAUCCUGACGCACAAUAA